AUGAAGGUCGUGCAAGUAGUGGGCUACAAUGAGAACCUCAAGAUGGCUGAGGCCGAGCAGCCCACGGCUACCAGUCCUCUCGACGUGAUCGUCAAGAUUGGGGCGGCCGGUACGGAUAUCCAUAUUUUGGAGGGACAAUGGAAAGAGAAGUCCAAUGUGAAGCUGCCGUACACGAUUGGCCACGAGAAUGCGGGAUGGGUCCACGAAGUCGGUAAUGGCGUGACAUCUGUCAAGGUCGGCGACAAAGUAAUCUUGCAUCCUCUGGUCACCUGCGGCCUCUGCACAGCAUGCCGCUUCGGCGACGACGUCCACUGCGAAGACAGCACAUUCCCAGGAAUCAACGUCAAUGGAGGGUACGCAGAGUACCUCAAGACAACUGCUCGAAGUGUGAUCAAGCUGGACGACUCUCUUGAGCCUGCUGACGUUGCAGCUCUGGCUGACGCUGGUUUGACCGCAUACCAUGCUGUUGCCAAGGCUGCGAGGCUACUUCGACCAGGCAACUUUUGCGUUAUCAUUGGCGCCGGUGGUCUCGGACAUAUUGGGAUCCAGGUAGCAAAAGCAGUCAGUGCCGCCACCUUGAUCGUCUUGGACCGUAAUGAGGCUGCUUUAAAGCUUGCCAAGGAGCUGGGAGCAGAUCAUGUCGUUCAGUCUGGAGAGGGGGAUGAUUUCGUCAAGAAAGUGCUUGAAAUCACCGGCGGCAAGGGAGCUGAAGCUGUGAUCGACUUCGUGGCAGAAGGUGGAUCGACUUCGACAGGAGUGCAAAUGAUUCGACGGGCGGGCAACUACUAUGUGGUCGGCUAUGGCGAGAAUAUCAAUGUGCCGACGAUCGAUAUCAUCUCUACCGAGAUUAACUUCAUCGGCAACCUUGUUGGAUCAUACAACGACCUAGCAGAGCUCAUGAUUUUAGCCGCACAGAACAAAGUGAAAUUGCACACGACGAAGUACAAGCUGGAUGACUUCCAGAAGGCUCUCGACGACUUGGCCGCUGGGAAUGUUCGUGGACGUGCAAUCUUGGUUCCGUAG